UACUUAAUUCCUCCUUAUUCUUUUCUAUUUUCCUUUCUAUUCUUUUCAUCGAUAUUCUCCACUUCUCGUUUUCUUCCUCCUCCUCCUUCCUUCCUCCUCCUUCCUCAUUUGUGUUCGUUAGUGAUUCUCUGUCGGCAAACUCCUCCUCCUCCUCCUCCUCCUCCUCUUCCUCCUCCUCCUCCAUCAUGGCUGAAGAAGAUCGAGCGGUUACCAACUUUCGAGAGUAUAUCCGGAUUAAUACUAUGCAUCCGGAUCCGAAUUAUGGCCCCUGCACGGAGUUCCUGAAGCGGCAGGGUGAGGAGUUAGGGGCCUCGGUACAGGUGAUAGAGUUCGCCCCUGCCGCCCCUACUGUUAUUUUCACCCUGCCUGGCUCUGACCCUUCCCUGCCGUCCAUUCUUCUCAACUCCCACACUGAUGUUGUUCCGGUGUUCCCUGAGCACUGGAAAUAUGACCCAUUCAGCGCACACAAGGACGAGAAGGGCGACAUUUACGGCAGAGGUACGCAGGACAUGAAGUGUGUGGGCAUGCAGUACAUUGAAGCAAUAAGGAAGCUGCAGAAGGAAGGACGAGGGAAAUUCCUGCGCACCAUUCAUCUCUCCUUUGUCCCAGAUGAGGAGGUGAGCGGCUACAAGGGAAUGAUGUUGUUUAUCAAGUCCGAGGCAUUCCGUGCCCUCAAUGUUGGCUUUGCGCUGGACGAAGGCUAUGCUAAUGAAGGAGAAGAAUUUUUUGUGUUCUACGGGGAACGAUCUCCUUGGGACCUGUAUGUGAAGUGCCCAGGUCAGCCAGGUCACGGGUCACAGUUUCUGAAGAACAAUGCAGGGGAGAAGAUGAGGAAGGUGGUCAAUUCCUUCCUUGCCUUCCGUGACAGUGAGGAGAAGAGACUGGCUGAUGACCCCACACUGGCCUUGGGGGAUGUCACCACUGUCAACCUCACUAAAGUACAGGGCGGUGUGCAGUUCAACGUUAUUCCGGCAGAAAUCACACUGGGUUUCAACAUUCGCGUUCCUCCAACUGUUGAUUUUGAUGAGCUGGAGGAGAAGAUGCAUGGGUGGUGUCAAGAGGCUGGUGCUGACGUCACUAUGGAGUUUGAUAAUCAGACGAAGAUUCCUCAGACAACUUGCGUAGAAGAUGGGAAGAGUGCUUGGUGGGAUGCCUUCGCUGGAGCCUGCAAGAAAGAGAACAUUAAGCUCAUGAAAAAGAUCUUCCCGGCCGCAACAGACUCAAGAUUCCUCCGUUCUGCUGGCAUCCCUGCGCUCGGCUUCUCUCCAAUGAACCACACUCCUCUCCUUCUCCACGACCACAAUGAGUUCCUUAAUGAGAAUAUAUUUAUGAGGGGUAUUCAGAUUUACACGUCUAUUAUCCUUGCUGUGGCUAAUUUACCUGCCUAGAGCUCUGUGUGUGUGCGUGUGUGUGUGUCUGUGUGUGUAAGAAGGAGAGCUACGAAGGACGAAAGGGAAAAGGAAUAUUAGAAGGAAAAAUGACCUUGAAUUGUAGUUUCCGUAAAAGAAUGAAAAUAAAUUAGUCAAGAUUCA